ACAAUAUAAGAGACACCCAUUGUGUUAACACAAAUAAUGACACCCAUUAUGAUGACAUAAAUACUGACAGCCAUUGCCAUGACACAAAAGUUGGCACUCAGUUUACCAAUGAAGGAAAUCAUUACCAAGUUGCAUCAUGGGAUAGUCAAUCUAAAAAGAAAAAACUGGAUGUAAAAAGUGAAACACUGAUUACAUGUACUAGUCAUGAGAAUCUAAAGAAAGAAGACAGUUCAAAUCUGCCAAUACAUAUUGUUUGGCCUCAUAGAUGGGAGCAUGACAAGAAUCCAGAGAGCCUGUUUAC